UUUUUAAAUAUAAUAAAUUAAAACAUAGAGAAAUCAGGGAGAAAAAAAAAAAAACUGCCACUUCCCUUUAGAGAAGCUGCUCUGUAUAUUAACUAUUAGGCUCCUCUUGUUAUUUUCUAUCUUCAGCGGCAACAGAAGGUAUACUGAAAAAGCAGAACCAGAAUUAGAAUCAGAUCAGAGAUGUCUUCCAUAGUGAAAGGCAUACUCAUAAGAACCACACCAGAUGUCUGCAACAAUAAUAGACUUUUCAAUGGAAACAAGUAUUCAAAGCACAACGAUCUUCUAGCAGUUGGGAGAAGAAGCACAAGACUGCAGUGGCAGGAGUUGCAGUUGCGCCUUAUAUCAAACUCAAACCGGUUCACAACAUGGAAGGUUAGGAGAUCAUUUCAGCCUGCAAUAAGAGGCCAAGCCAUUCUAACCCCAGCAACACCACCCACCACCAAAAAGCGGGUAUUCACUUUUGGCAAAGGUCGAAGUGAAGGAAACAAAGCCAUGAAGUCUUUGUUGGGAGGAAAGGGGGCCAACCUGGCAGAAAUGGCAACCAUUGGCUUAUCUGUGCCUCCUGGACUCACUGUAUCAACAGAAGCAUGUCAAGAAUAUCAACAGAAUGGGAAGAAGAUACCAGAUGACUUGUGGGAGGAGAUACUUGAAGGCCUGCAUUUUGUGGAGAAUGAAAUGGGGGCCUCUCUUGGGAAUCCUUCAAAACCUCUCCUCCUUUCCGUGCGCUCUGGUGCUGCGAUUUCCAUGCCUGGAAUGAUGGACACAGUUCUCAACCUUGGAUUGAAUGAUGAAGUGGUUGCUGGUUUAGCUGCAAAAAGUGGAGAGCGGUUUGCUUAUGAUUCUUAUAGACGUUUCUUAGACAUGUUUGGAGGUGUUGUAAUGGACAUUCCACACUCAUUGUUUGAGGAGAAGCUAGAAAAACUAAAGAAUACGAAAGGCGUUAAACUUGACACUGAUCUAACAGCCUCUGAUCUCAAAGAUUUGGUUGAGCAGUACAAGAAUGUCUACCUUGAAGCUAAGGGAGAAAAGUUUCCCUCAGAUCCAAAGAAGCAGCUAGAGUUAGCUGUUAAAGCUGUUUUUAAUUCUUGGGAUAGCCCAAGGGCUAUUAAGUAUCGGAACAUUAAUCAGAUAAUUGGGCUAAAGGGAACUGCCGUAAACAUUCAAUCCAUGGUGUUUGGUAACAUGGGGAAUACUUCAGGAACUGGUGUCUUGUUCACUAGAAAUCCAAGCACAGGGGAAAAGAAGCUUUACGGGGAAUUUUUGAUUAAUGCUCAGGGUGAGGAUGUAGUUGCUGGAAUCAGGACACCUGAAGAUUUGGAGACCAUGAAAACUUGCAUGCCUGAAGCUUAUGAGGAACUUGAGGAGAACUGUGAAAUUCUAGAGAAACAUUACAAGGAUAUGAUGGAUAUUGAGUUCACUGUUCAAGAAAAUAGGUUAUGGAUGUUGCAAUGUCGAAGUGGAAAACGCACUGGUAAAGGUGCAGUCAAAAUAGCUGUAGAUAUGGUUAAUGAGGGGCUUGUUGAUAUUCGUUCUGCAAUCAAGAUGGUAGAGCCACAGCAUCUUGAUCAGCUUCUCCACCCACAGUUUGAGGAUCCAUCUACUUACAAGGACAAAGUGAUUGCCAAUGGCUUGCCUGCAUCCCCUGGAGCUGCAGUAGGGCAGAUUGUGUUCACUGCUGAUGAUGCUGAAGAAUGGCAUGCACAAGGAAAGAGUGCCAUCUUGGUGAGGACAGAGACAAGUCCAGAGGACGUUGGGGGUAUGCAUGCAGCUGCUGGAAUCUUGACAGCAAGAGGUGGUAUGACAUCUCAUGCUGCUGUUGUGGCCCGUGGAUGGGGAAAGUGUUGUGUGUCUGGCUGUUCUGAUAUCCUUGUAAAUGACAAUGAGAAGGUGGUUGUAAUUGGAGAUAGGGUGAUAAUGGAAGGAGAAUGGAUCUCACUGAAUGGAUCCACGGGUGAGGUGAUACUGGGAAAGCAGCCACUUUCUCCUCCGGCUCUAAGUGAUGAUUUAGAAACUUUCAUGUCUUGGGCUGAUGAAAUAAGGCAUCUGAAGGUUAUGGCGAAUGCUGACACACCUGAAGAUGCAAUAACAGCUAGAAAAAAUGGUGCCCAAGGGAUUGGGCUUUGCAGGACAGAGCACAUGUUUUUUGCUUCAGACGAGAGGAUAAAGGCUGUGAGAAUGAUGAUAAUGGCCAUUACAACGGAACAAAGAAAAGCUGCAUUGGACCUGUUGCUACCUUAUCAAAGAUCAGAUUUUGAGGGGAUCUUUCGUGCAAUGGAUGGUCUCCCAGUUACAAUUCGAUUGUUAGAUCCUCCACUUCAUGAAUUUCUUCCAGAAGGGGACCUGGAGCAAAUUGUCAGUGAGCUAACUUCCGAGAUAGGAAUGAAAGAAGAAGAAAUCUUUUCUAGGAUAGAAAAGCUAUCAGAAGUGAAUCCCAUGCUUGGUUUUCGAGGCUGCAGGCUGGGGAUAUCAUACCCAGAACUGACGGAGAUGCAGGCCCGUGCAGUCUUUCAGGCUGCUGUUUCAGUGAGUAACCAUGGCAUUACAGUUCUUCCAGAGAUAAUGGUUCCACUUAUUGGUACACCUCAGGAAUUAAGGCAUCAAGUGAAUUUAAUAAGGAAUGUUGCCGAGAAAGUAUUCUCUGAGAUGGGUUCCUCUUUAAGAUACAAGGUCGGAACUAUGAUUGAAGUUCCGAGAGCUGCGUUAGUUGCAGACGAGAUUGCAAAGGAAGCAGAGUUCUUUUCAUUUGGAACCAAUGACCUUACCCAAAUGACAUUUGGAUACAGUAGAGACGAUGUAGGCAAGUUUCUUCCUAUAUACUUAUCCACUGGGAUUCUGCAGAGUGAUCCAUUCGAGGUACUUGACCAAAAAGGUGUGGGUCAACUCAUCAAGAUUUGUACAGAAAAGGGUCGUGCUGCUAGACCAAACUUAAAGGUUGGAAUAUGUGGAGAGCAUGGUGGGGAGCCUUCUUCUGUUGCAUUCUUUGCCCAAAUUGGACUUGACUAUGUUUCAUGUUCUCCUUUUAGGGUUCCAAUCGCUAGGCUUGCAGCAGCUCAAGUUGCAGUUUAAGAAACAAUAUUAUCUGAUGAUGAUAUAUGAGAGGGUCAACUGCCUCCUGUCCAGGGCAUGACUCUCUACAACUGUAAAUAAUUGGGCUUAUAAGCCCAUACGCAUAAAAAAAAAAAAUGGAGGUUUAUAUGAGGAGAUCCGAUGAAGGAAGGCUACUAACAUAUUUAUAGAACUGAAAGCAAAGGGAAAUUAAUAAGGAAAUCUUUGCAAAUAAAAAUAAAAAAAGAGAGAAAACAUUGUGUACAAAAAUUCAUACAAUGUUUCUCUUAUAUUUUGAUUGCAUAAUGUGUCUUCAACUCAUGUAUUUGUUGUAUGAGACAUUAGUGUUGACAUAUAGGUAUAGCUUGUCAUAAAAUAAUUGUGUAAAAUUCUUGUACAUGUUCUAUUCUAUCACUAAUAAAA